AUGCCCAGACAGAAGAUGGAGAAGAUUUACAGGCCAAACUGCAAGAACUGAAUCGAUUGAUUGAUAACGAUCAAGGGGUGCUGGGCGGCCAUCAGCGUGUGCCUUUUACACAUUGUGAGUGUUACAAUGUUCAAUUCAAUUCCAUUGUUCUGGUUGUUGUUUAUGUUUAUUGAUGACGAUUACUUUAUAUUGGUUUAA